CCGUCUAUCCCAGGGUCACCAUGCUGGCCUCAGGGCUGCUCCUCGUGGCUUUGCUGGCCUGCCUCACCAUCAUGGUCUUGAUGUCUGUCUGGAGGCAGAGGAAGCUCUGGGGGAAGCUUCCUCCGGGACCCACCCCAUUGCCCUUCAUCGGGAACUACCUGCAGCUGAACACAGAGCAGAUGUACAACUCUUUCAUGAAGAUCAGUGAGCGCUAUGGCCCGGUGUUCACGGUCCACCUGGGACCCCGGCGCAUCGUGGUGCUGUGUGGACACGAGGCGGUGAAGGAGGCUCUGAUAGACCAGGCUGAGGAGUUCAGCGGGCGAGGCGGGCAGGCCACCUUCGACCGGCUCUUCAAAGGCUAUGGGGUGACAUUCAGCAACGGGGAGCGCGCCAAGCAGCUCAGGCGCUUCUCCAUCACCACGCUGCGGGACUUCGGAAUGGGCAAGCGGGGCAUUGAGGAGCGCAUCCAGGAGGAGGCAGGCUUCCUCAUCGAGGCCCUCCGGGGCACGCAUGGUGCCUUCAUUGAUCCCACCUUCUUCCUGAGCCGAACAGUGUCCAAUGUCAUCAGCUCCAUUGUCUUUGGGGACCGCUUUGACUAUGAGGACAAAGAGUUCCUGUCCCUGCUGCGUAUGAUGCUGGGAAGCUUCCAGUUCACAGCUACCCCUAUAGGGCAGCUCUGCGAAAUGUUUCAUUCGGUGAUGAAACACCUGCCAGGGCCACAGCAGCAGGCGUUAAAGGAGCUGCAGGGUCUGGAGGAUUUCAUAACCAAGAAGGUGGAGCAGAACCAGCGCACCCUGGACCCCAACUCCCCAAGGGACUUCAUCGACUCCUUCCUCAUCCGCAUGCAGGAGGAGCAGAACAACCCCAACACGGAGUUCUACUUGAAGAACCUGGUGCUGACCACCCUGAACCUCUUCUUUGCGGGCACUGAGACGGUCAGCACAACCCUGCGAUAUGGCUUCCUGCUGCUCAUGAAACAUCCACACGUGGAGGCCAAACUCCAUGAGGAGAUUGACCGGGUGAUUGGCAAGAACCGUCAGCCCAAGUUUGAGGACAGGGCCAAGAUGCCCUACACAGAGGCGGUGAUCCACGAGAUCCAAAGAUUUGGAGACAUAAUCCCCAUGGGCCUGGCCCGCAGAGUCACCAAGGACACCAAGUUUCGAGAGUUCUUCCUCCCCAAGGGCACCGAAGUGUUCCCCAUGCUGGGCUCCGUGCUCAGGGACCCCAAGUUCUUCUCCAAGCCCCGAGACUUCCACCCAGAGCACUUCCUGGAUGAGAAUGGGCAGUUUAGGAAGAGUGAUGCUUUUGUGCCCUUCUCCAUUGGAAAGCGCUACUGUUUUGGAGAAGGCCUGGCUAGAAUGGAGCUCUUUCUCUUCCUCACCAACAUCUUGCAGAACUUCCGCUUCAAGUCCCCGCAGCUGCCCCAAGACAUCGAUGUGUCCCCCAAGCUUGUGGGCUUAGCCACCAUCCCACGAAGUUACACCCUGAGUUUCCAGCCUCGCUGAACAAAGGCAGCGAGAGCGCAGGGCUGGUUGGGGGAGCAAAGCUGAGGGAGGGGCAGCGGCGUGGCUGUCGGGAGGGGCGUGGUUUGGGGGCGGGGCUAGCGGAAGGGAGGUGGGUUAGGGAAAUAGGCGCCAAGAGGAUGGGAGAGGAAGAGGACAGGAAUGGACUCAGCCUGUUCACCUUGGUAGAGGUAGAUCCUUCAGAGGUGGGAUGAGAGAAGGGAAAUUAUUUCUUGAGCAAAUAUUCUCUGUCCUGUCCAUGCUAAAGGCGUCAACUCGUUCACCUCGCCUAAGGCUCACAAACCGACGCAACAGGCAACGGUGUUUAUGCCCAUUUUGCAGGUGACAAAUCUUAACCGAUUCCCAAGGAAUCUACAACGACGAAAAACCUCCUAAUAAAUGAAUUUAGCAAGGUCACUAAACAUACCCAAAGUU